UGUGCUAAUCACAGACAACAAGUUUGUUAAUCACAGACAACAAGUCUGCUAAUCACAGACAUUAAGUGUGCUAAUCACAGACAACACGUCUCCUAAUCACAGACAUUAAGUGUGCUAAUCACAGACAACAAGUCUGCUAAUCACAGACAACAAGUCUGCUAAUCAUAGACAACAACAACUUUGGUUAUCACAGACAACAACAACUAAGUGAUUUUAGGUAUGGAUAGACUAUAGAUAUAGCUCAUCUCAAACAAAACAACAGUACAGCACUUAAUGCAAGGUCAAUAUUCUGUGUGUUCACAACAACUACAUGCAACAACAGGUGGUAAGAAAAGAGGUCAAUAGUGGUCUUUCAGAGUGGGCAACAUCUGGUUAUCAGUGACAACAACAAUAAUAAAGAACUGAUGAUCUUGUGAUAUUUUGUCUCCCCACAAACAACCAAAUGCAAUGACAGGUAAACAUUAUGGCUAAGGACAACAAGCUUAGAAACAACAAAACAACAACUGAUGGCAUAAACACUGUGGAUAUUAGGAUGAUUUCAUCCAUUUCAGCCCAAGAUAACAAGGGUUGUGAUUGAGAACCUGAAAGAUACAGAUGAUCUCAGUAAAAUAAAUCAAUUAUGUUGCUAGGUUCAACCCUUUUUUUAUUUUGAAUAUAGCACUGUCCAUAAAAUGACAACAAAGAGCAUACAAUCUGUAUAGGUCUAUCUUCUGAAUCUAUAGUCACAUUUUAUAAAGUUCUAAACAGUCAUUCAUAUUAAUGUGUUAUAUGCUGUGCUGAUUUUUAUCUUAUGUUGUAUGGGUUCUUGCAUAUUUAAGGGUGAUUUAUUCCACACAAAGUUCAAAUACACAAGGGGGAAUUUAAAUUGUGGGACAGACUUAAUUCCAUUUAAACUGUAGGGAUGUGUAUCUUUUUUGUGUGUCUCUUUGACACCUUUACUGGAAGUUAUCAUGAAGGCCCAACAAACAAAGCCACUCUAAAUCAUAUCAAGGCGAUUCAAUAGGACAUUGUUUAGGCAGACUUUGGUAAGGCUGAGUUCUUGGUGAUAAAUAUGGAUGACAGGUCAGCUCUUGAGAGGAGUUUACCAAACCCCUUCGUCUUCCAUCGUUGGCACAGCACCUUUUCGACAGUUGUUCAGCCUUGGUUUGGGAGGAAGGGACAAAAACAGACAGAAAGAGAAGCCAAUUGUGCCUCUAAGAGUGGAUCCCGCAAAGACAGUCGAUCCAAAACUCCAGUCAUAUCAACCAAUCAGAACUUUCCAUUCUGGGCAACUGCCAAAUCCCCUUACAGUUCUCCAAUUCCUCCAAGAAAAGUAUCUCGAAAAACAAAUGGUGCAAACGACAGUCGGAGUUCAAAGUGGAGUUCUUCACGAUGCGGCGCUCGAACCCCUUCCUCAAUGAUGUUUCUCUCACCGAAUCCAGCCUCCCGGGCAAACCAGCAUGUCAAAUCACCAUUCAAGCACGCUGUCCCAAAGAAAAAGGACUUCGAUGACAGCUCUACAUUCAGUGAAAGAUCCCAUGUGCGUACUCCUGCUUCUGAGCUUAAGGAGCGUACAGCAGUUGCAACGUACUGUGUGGGGAGAGUGCUCAAUAAAGAGAAGGAAAAAUCGGAACAGAAAAAAGCCCAAGGAAAACUUCUGAAGGGAAAAUCUGUCUAUCCAAUUGGUGAUUACAUAUGGUUAAAGCCACUGAAACCUGUUCAUGUUGAGGGACCUUCAAUCAAUAAUUGCAGAGGAAUUUUGUCAGAAACAAGAAGUCACGCAUCCCCGCCAAAUAACAGAACACUGACACGUCGCAGAGAGUUGAUUCAGAGAAUCCCUAAUGUGCAUGAGUUCCUGUACGAGCGUCCUCGGACAGUUGAGUCCAUUCACAGAACAUCUGUGGCCUCGAGCUUGGACGAGAACAGAGAACUCAAAGAUGAUGAGGAGACUCCCCCUGAUACCAGCAGACUGUCGCCAAUAGAUUCAGAUGUCAACAUGCCUGUGGCCCCACCAGCUUCCAUGGCAACAACUUACAAAAUGGUGGACGGAACUCUUCAACCCACACCAACCCCUCGAAACCUAACUGAGCUUCAGUCCACGAGCACUCGGGAGAACUUUCUAAAGAAAGGAGACUCAAGCUCCAAUUUCAAUGACAACACUUCAAAGCGACUAGAGCCGGACAACACCAUGAUGACAACAUUUGAGGAACCAGAAAGAUCGGGAACCCCAGAAGACAGGUCCAAGUUUGUCCGGUUUGCUGAUGGGAUCCAUCCCGAGAAGCCAUCAAAGGAGUUGACUGAAGAGGAGAUACAGAACGAGAAUGUAAUGGAGGUGGAAGUUACCAUUAAAAAUCAGGAUAAAAAAGAAAAGGAAGAAAAAGGAAAAUCAUCAUGUAAAACAGAGGAUAUUGGAAAUGUGAAAAAGAAAGAUGAUGAGGAGGAUCCCUAUGGUGAGGGAAGUAAGGGGCCAAAUGGAAAUAAAACGGCAAAGGAAAUUAAUCGAUUAGAAGGUAGUGGUAAAAGUAAAGGUACAGAGAGAAGUGAUGAGAACAAAGAGAAUUAUGGGAAACAAAGGAGUGGUGAUCACCAGCCAUCCAAGGAUGAGUUAAAAAUAGAAACCACACAACUCUUAGCAAGCAGUGAACCACUGAAAAAAUCUGGUACAAGCACUCAUUAUACACUGCUUUCUUCUAGUCAUGAGGGCUCAACACCAAGUGUACUGAACAUACAAACUGUGAUUCACGGAAGCUCCAUUCAUCAUCUUGUGGGACCAGAGAGUCCCCAUCGCAGCAGGUCUCCUAGUCCAUCCAGAAGUCCAACCCGAGCUUCAUCCAGGAGUCAAACUCCAUCUUCUGUCAAAUCCAAAGCGGAUAAAUCCAAUAAGCUAAUCCGACCCUCCUCAGCCAAUCAGCAAACUAGAAAGCAGAGGAGGGUGUCCAGGGAAUCUCACAGCUCUGCUGACACACUCACAGCCAGGAAAUCAAAGGUGUACUUUGAGGGUGAGAAGCCUCCCAGACAGUCAGUGUUUGUGGAGACUGAGGGAAAUGAUGGGGUUUCUGUGGGACUCAAGGAGGACAGGGCCCUCACAUUCGAGGAGAUUGAGGCAGAGCUCAAUGCUUUAAAAGAGGAUAUAGAAGAGAGAAGGAAGUUUGAGGACGUGGACAAGAUUUCUAUUGAUGAUGAUAGUGAUGAUGAUAGUCUGAUGGAUGAAGUAAAUGUGGAUUUGAUUUGUUUACCUACCAAUAACGAGCAAGAAAAUGUUCAGGAGGACAUGAGUGACUACAACAUGUUGUUAGAUGUGUAUCGCAAAAAAUGUAUGGACGUCAGUGAGAACUGUGGUGUCUUAAGUGAGGCACUGAUUUCACCGAGGAAAACCGUAUCAAGACCAAGAAGUGGAGGGGCGUGGAAAGACAGGAAAACCAACAAAAAUGCUGGAAGCAGAAGGAACAGUUUUCAUUUUGAGAGAACUCCACAUAGCAGCAGGAGUAGCAUUCCACCAGGAGAAAACAAUUUGAAACACACCACUUCAGAAAUUUCUAUUGCAGACAGUGGUUACAGCAUGGCCUCUAGUGAUGUCAGUCACAGAGUUGAGAGUCCCGUGCCACGACUGAAUCUCCAGGCCGAGGAGACCAGUGACAUAGGACAGAUGGAGUCUGACCGGACCGAGGACAAGACAUUACUGGAACUGGUGUGUGAUGAACUACCCGACGUAAAGCAGACUUCUGAAGGGUUACCAGAGAAAAGAAAACAAGAGGAGAAGAUGGACCUAGAAAUUGUUGCCAAUACAAAGGAAAUUCAAAAGUCAAAAAUCAAGAGAAAACCAAAUCCCUCCCAAAGUGCCCCGUUUGCUCCGCUAUGCUUCAAUGUCAAUGCUAGACCCCCUGACGGAUAUAUCUACUACUUUGCUUAUGGUGCAGACAUGAACCCAUCCAGAAUCUCUACAUACAUCCAUAGGAAGGUGGAAAACAGAUUUUGGGGGCUGCUGUUUGGUUUUAAUUUAGUUUUCAACAAAAAAGGAUCUGACAUUGAGGCUGGUGCAUUUGCUAACAUUGAAUUCAAUCCAUUCUGUUCUACAGAGGGGUGUAUUUACCAAAUAACUCCUCAGGAGCUUGAACUCUUAGACAAAUUUGUUGGCUACCCUGAGCAUUAUGAGCACCUGAUGUUACCUGUUUGGAUGACAAAUUCUCUAGAGGGAGACAAACUAGGUGUGGCCCAGUACUGUGUUCCAGCUGUCAUGUACAUAGCUCAACAAAAGUGGAUUGCGAAGGAUAAUGAGAAACUGAACUGUGACUAUGCUUUGACUCAGUGCAUCAAAAGUUCUGACCUAGUAACUCCCAACUAUAGGGAUCACCUAGUGAACAAGGCAGGGACCAUCGAAAUACAGAGCUAACCAAAAGCUGGGAAAACAGAAAUAAUGAAUUGACCAAAAGUGAUUAUAGAAAUACAGAAUUUACAACACUGGGACCUUUGAAAUAAAUAAUGGACUUAAUAGCACGACAGGGACAAUUGGAAAUCAUUUAUGACAAGAAAAAAUUGAAAUACAAAUUAAAACAUGCAGAGAAUAACCAACUUUCAAAUACGGUAAUAGAAUGACCAAUGUAGAGACAAACUAAGACAGAUUUACCAAGGUGAAAAAAAUGGAAACAAUGUGUAAUGCAUGGAUUUUCAAUCACCAUGCAGUUUCAGAGAGAAAGUGGGUAGACUUAAAACAUGGAAUAAUCAAAGUUUAAUCUAGUAUGGUAAAGCAAUUGAUAGAAGUCAUGAAUGAACAAUGCUGCACACAUGAUAUUCACAAAAUAUUAGAAUUUUCAAUCAGGAAGAAAAUCUGUCCAUUUUAUAGAAUGUAACCAGCUCUACUGGCACUGGGUACCUUAUUAGUGUGUCCCUCCAAACUCUUAACAUUGGUAUUCUUGAGAAGUGAAAUUGUUUUAAGCCAGGAGAGCUAGAUAAUAAACAAGCUAGGAUAAUAUGAGCUUAAUUAAAUGGCAUUAAACUGUAUGUUUUUGUGCCAUGGAUAGAUUUUGCAUUUAUUACAGAUCCUGUAUCUUUUAGAGUGUACAGCGAGUGUCGGAUCUGAAAAUGUAUCAUUUUGUGUAACUAUGAUAUAGGGCUGUCAUUGUGUGAUGUCUGUGAUAACUUGGUUUUGAUUAACUUUAUUCAUACCAUAUUUAUUUUUAGACAAUUUAUUUACUCCAGUAUUAACUUACAUGCAGGGAGAUGCACAUUUUGUGCAUCACAGUGCUCACAUUGCAUACAUAUAUAGAUCAUCAUAUUGUUUUAUCAUUGUCCCCAUCAAAAGAUCUCAAUAAUGGCUAUUACUGUUUUAAUAUAUAUGUCAUGUACUUACUACUUGUUAUGAUUUAUCUCAUUAAUUUUUUAAAAGAAUGUUUGAAGAUAAUUAUAUGGCUGUAUGCCGUACCAUUGUAAAAAGACUACUUACUGGUAUAUUGUAACUUAAUGUACAUGUAUUUUCUGUAUACAAAUUAUAACUUCCUACAACUGUUUUUGCACCUACAGUUUAAGUCCUACUUAAUAUCUCCACCAGUAUUAAGUAGGUCGCCAGGUUGACAAUAAUUUUAAUCACAAAUCUUUUGUCUAGAAAUGUCUGUUAGAUGUCUUCUGUGUGAAAAUUGAUCAGCUCUCUUUAUUUUUCUGCUAGUUUUGUUAAAGCAUACCUUGAUGGCAUGCAACUUCUACUGACUGGUUAAUAAAUUUAUAAAACUAGAA